AUGGUUUUAUUAAGACUCAUGCAGACAUCUAUCGGUAAUGCUUGUGAGCAGGAAGAUCCUGUAGGUAUAGGCAUCGCCUACGUUAUACCCAAUUGUCCAUGCGCAAUGUGUAGUACCGGAGAUCCGAUGAAAUAUGUGAAACAUGCGAAAAAAAAGAUCAAAAGUAAGAAAAAACCAAAAGAUGAAAGCGAGGAUGAUAAUUCACCAGAAGAAAGUGAUGAUGGUGGUGGCGGCGGUGGUGGUGGUGGUGGCGGCGGUGGUGGUGAUAGUGAUGGCGGAGACGAUGAUGGCGGUAAAAAGAAAAAUAAAAAAGACAAAGAGAAAGAGAAACAAGACAAGAAAGAUAAGAAGAAGGAAAAGAAAGAAGAGAAAAAAGCCAAGAAAAGCAAAAAGAGAGAAGAGAAAAAAGCAAAGAAAGAAAAAAAGAAAUCACAGAAAGCCGAGAAAAAGAAAGCAAAAUCUUCAAAAAAGAAGUCUCCAAAAGCUAAGAAGAAACCAAAAGCCAAGAAGAAAUCACCUAAAAGGAAAUCGAAGAGGCGAAAGUAA